AUGUGUUACCAUAUUUCUUCUGACGCCGAGAAACUAUCGAUUCGAUUAUUUUUCGAGCGUCACACAAGUUGUGCAGUACUUGUCGAAGACAAAACAACCCGAGCAACGAAUUGUUGGGAGACUGAAUUCCAUUGCAGCUUCCUCCAAAUUGUUCAAAGUGACGAACCCAGUAUUGCGAUUGCCCCAGACCGGAACGCAGGGGGGGUUUCAUCACCUAAAAACUCGGACUUUCCGGUAUUAGAACUCCGUCGCGCAAGUCUCGGAUUUCGAAUUCACGGUGACUUCUUUGACCGAUUCUGGACUUGUCUCUUUGUCGAACAUUACCCAGGAGAGCAGCCCAAGCGAAAUAUCGAUGAGUUCUUGGCUUUAAAUACCAAAUCUCAGAAUGGCUUGUUUUCUGGUGGUAACAACAGAAAUGAUGUGUGGCAGCAGCGAAAAGUUCUCGAACUGAUUCUUUUCUAUCAAAUCGUCACUCAGCUAAACGAAAAUGCUACAAACAUCAUUCAAGAGGUUCGAAGACGCAUGCAGAAGCACAAGGACACUCAAAAGACGCCGAGGGAGGCCCUUGGGAAUGAACAAAAUCCCUUCACUUAUUUUGAUCCCUCACGCUAUUUCAAAUCCCUCAUAGAAUUGGCACUUAUGCAUGAAGUCUUGGAAAAUUUAGACAGAGAUCUUCUGGGCUUUUCAGAAGUUGUCAAAGAUUGGGAGAACAGAGAGGAGAAUCGUGGCACAGAAAAGCCAAGGUGGACAACUAAGGACGAAAGAAAAUACCGCGACGCAAUCAACAAAGCUCUGCAAUUGAGUCACCAUGCACAAAGGAGACUCAACAGAAUGCGCACAAACCUAUCCUCACUUCUCAAAGACUUACAGUAUGCGAGGAACGAGACCAAGAACAAGUACGAUCAUCAAGUUUCUGAGCGCAGUUUCCAGCAGAACAACAAUGUCAAGUUUUUCACAUAUGCCACUGUUAUCUUCCAACCACUGGCAUUCGCAGCUAGCAUCUAUAGCAUGCAAAGUGCGCCCCCGACAGAUGUACUCCAGCACAUGGUAAUUCUAUCCGUUGUGGGGUUUGCCAUUUUUCUAGCUGUGAUUCUUUCGCUCCCCCGCUUGACUGGUCUCUUUUCCACGACGUUUGAGAAAUUGCGGGAUCCGAUUGAUUACACUUGUCGUCAUUUAGUCGGCUUCCUGUCUCCACAGUCAUUUCGGAAGAACAACUCUAGAUCGAAAAAUUCGGGCGAUGAGGAGUCUGGACGACAGCCUGCCUCAAAUUCUGAGGACUCCCAUCAGGAAUAG